GGUCCUGAAGCGUGGAAGGAUUCCUACCCAGAAUGUGCUGGACUGGUGCAGUCACCCAUCAACAUCGUCACCAAAGAUGCUGUGUACCAUCACAAACUACAGUACAUUAACAUAAAAAACUAUUCCCUCACGGAGGGGGUUAAGAUGAGACUAGGGAACAUGGAAGGACACACAGGUAAAAUCGAUGGUCAUGGAGAUUUGUCCUAUUAUUGUAACAUGCAUGUUUACAUUUGUUGGUAAAGUUAUGAACUCGAUCAUAGGGAUAAAGUUGUCGUCAAAAAGAUAUGUCUACUGCCAUGUAAAUAUAAAUGGUGUCAAGAGGAUAUAGCUGGACGCGUAGUAAUAUCGCUGGGUUCAUGUAGUUACCAUAUUGAUAUAACUUCCCAUCGUUGCUCAGUGUUAUAUCAACUCUACAUAAUGACUUCUUAUAUACAAAUAUCUGUCUAUAAUCUCUUUGUAACAAAUACCUAUAAAUGUCUGCCUACAUCAAAAGUAUGGCUGUGGGUAUGAUCACCUGGUAAUUGAUCCCUUUGUAGCGGAAGUUGUGCUGACCGGAAAACCCAUUUACAUUCAAGAAGGCAGCCUGCCAGAUGUUUACAGGCUGGAGCAGUUUCACUUUCAUUGGGGAUCUGUGGACAAAAGGGGCUCAGAACAUAGCAUUGAUGGGAAGUUCUAUCCCAUGGAGGUAGGUGCACUAGAAGGUGAUAGAGCAGAUGAGUUAAAAGCAUUGUUGGGGAGUUAUAUCUAAUGGAAACAUGUUCGCUAGAAGGUGGUAUAAAAGAUGAUAACAAAUCACUGAUGGGUAAUACUCUUGCUAGGAGUUUGGUGCAUUAGAGAGUGAUAGAAGACAUCAAAACAUAGUAUUGGUGGGUGUAUUCUUUUCUAUGAAAAUAGGUGUUGACACGUUCGUUCCAAGCAUUCAUGUUAAGAUGAUUAAUGAUCUACUCAACGGUGUGUACCCAAGUAACUUUGGAGUUUUAUUUUCGCCUGGAAACGUUACCCGUAAGAUGAACAGAGUACUUUUCUUAUCAUUAGUGUUGUUUGUGACGACUCUAGAUAUAAAAGUGUGGUCUCAAAGUGAGACUGCUUCGCCAGCAUGUGGAAUCAAAAGCAAGUGAUUCUCGUGAGUUUUGAUCGCUGUCCAUGGAUUAAAAAAGGAAAAUUUUCUAGAUAUAUUUUGAAGCGCUUUUCUGCGCACCAGAGUUGCUUUUCGUUUAGCUGCUUAAAAUGUAUGUUGGCUAGCAUGCUCGGAAAUAUGUCAAAACCAUAAUUUUGAUUGUUUAUUUUUUGUAAGAGAGUAUAGCGGUUAAAAAGCCAGCUUGUUUUAUCAGGGACUUUGUACUGUCACCGUGUGUCAAAUAGAUUGUGUAGAUAGCAUGGUUGUUGAUGGCUUCGCUGACUAGCAUGUCUUCUGUACACUGCCAAUGGUUUGCUGGCAUUUAAGAGAGUAAUUUGUAAGAUUGCCAUUAAAUUACUUCAGCUUUGUGAUAAGCCUUUUUCCUCUAAGCUCCAAGAAAGUCCAGAUGGGUCUUUUGUUACGACAUUUGUAUUGGAAAUAAUUCGUUUGAGCAUAAACUGACAGUUUUUUUCUGAACUUUGGUGGGACAGGCUACGUAAGUCAACUUUUCCAAUACUAGUAAUUUGUGCCCCUUUUCUGAAAGGUGAUGUUUUAUAAAAUAUUUCUGGAACUGGCACGAGUAAGAUCUCUUGUUUUUUUUUAAAGCUUUUAAAAAAUGUUAAUGAUUUGUGGCAAUCAUUUAUUUUGCAGCAUAUUCAUUUUUCAGCUAUCAUACACUAAUAUACAGUAAAUACAUUUGCUCUUCAAAGAGCUGCUCUAGGACAUCUCUGACUUUCGUAAUGGCUUUUCGUCUCCAUAGAUUGAAUAGUCCUCCAAAUGUCCUUCAUAUUUAAGAAAUUUCAUCAUAGUUGUCAAACAAAACACAUACAUCAACCAUGGCCAUUAUGCAGUCAUGAUGUUGACGUACAUUAGUAAUACAUAGAUUUGGGCAGCGAAAGUUCCAACGAUAUCUCACAGAUCAUCUCUGAUGAUUGAAUACAAUUCUUUGAUAGGAUCAACAAAAGUUGUGAAAAUUUUUUAUGUGUUGUUCUCGUUUUUUCCUGUAACUGGCGAGCAGCAAAAUAAAUAUCAACGCUGCCGUUGUACAAAAUAAUCCACAUUGGCGUUCAAGAAGUAGUCCCUGAUUUAGGUGUCAGAGCAUUGUUAUGGUAGGGUGACCUCUUCACAUGGAGAUAGCUGUACGUACACGCAGGACAUAGUAGUUUUUGGAUGAUUCAUCCCAUGGAGAUAGAUGUACAUUCGCGCAGAGGAUGACAGUUUUGGGAUGACCCAUCAUAUGGAGAUUGUUGUACACACGCACAUAACAAAGUAAUUUAGAAUGACCUAUCUCAUGGAACGAGAUGUACAUACGUAUAGAAUAUAGUAGUCUUGGAUGACCUAUCCCAUUGAGAUAGACGUUCAUACGCUACACACAGAACAUAGCAGUUGUUUGACAACAUUCUGAAUUGCGAUGUGCUUGAUGCCAAAAAAUAAAAUAACGUUAGCUAUUUUUUUAAAAAAAUGUUAAAAGUAAAUUUUAAAAGUAUAUUUUUUAAGUAAUUUUAAAGCAUUUUUUUAAAGAAGUAUUUUGAUUACGUAAUUUUUUUUUUAAAGCCCUCAAUCGUGAUGAUGGAAUGGAUUAUUUGUAAUUUUUCAGUUGCAUCUGGUUCACCACAAAAUUCAUAUUAGCAACAUCACUGCAGCGACCAACCAUCCUUUCGGCUAUUCGAUCUUUGCGUUUCUCUUCAAGGUACUCGACAGUCAACGCAUUGAUUAAUUUGUUAUGUCAUGUUAAAGGUUACAACAACAAAAAAAGGACAAUCAUGGUAUCGCUGUAUUUCAUUUUGUAAAAAAAAACAAAAAAAACCCAUCCAAUGUCUUGAUAUUUAUUUCACUAUAUACGAUAAGUUUAUAUCAAAUGUCUUAAUUUUCAUUUCAUGAUUUACCACAAGUUAACCAUCACAUUUACGUAUUUUUACCCUAUGAUGUUUUACACGUUAUCAUCCAAUGUUCGUAUUUUUAUUUCUGGAUGUACCACACGUUCACAUAACACAUGCGAAUGACAGUGCUUCACAUAACCCAUGCGAAUGACAGUGCUUCACAUAACACAUGCGAAUGACAGUGCUUCACAUAACACAUGCGAAUGACAGUGCUUCACAUAACACAUGCGAAUGACAGUGCUUCACAUAACACAUGCGAAUGACAGUGCUUCACAUAACACAUGCGAAUGACAGUGCUUCACAUAACACAUGCGAAUGACAGUGCUUCACAUAACACAUGCGAAUGACAGUGCUUCACAUAACACAUGCGAAUGACAGUGCUUCACAUAACACAUGCGAAUGACAGUGCUUCACAUAACACAUGCGAAUGACAGUGCUUCACAUAACACAUGCGAAUGACAGUGCUUCACAUAACACAUGCGAAUGACAGUGCUUCACAUAACACAUGCGAAUGACAGUGCUUCACAUAACACAUGCGAAUGACAGUGCUUCACAUAACACAUGCGAAUGACAGUGCUUCACAUAACACAUGCGAAUGACAGUGCUUCACAUAACACAUGCGAAUGACAGUGCUUCACAUAACACAUGCGAAUGACAGUGCUUCACAUAACACAUGCGAAUGACAGUGCUUCACAUAACACAUGCGAAUGACAGUGCUUCACAUAACACAUGCGAAUGACAGUGCUUCACAUAACACAUGNUAUAUAUAUAUAUAUAUAUAUAUAUAUAUAUAUAUAUUACAUUAGGAAACGGCGUCAGCAGACCCUUGAGCUAAAUCUCGCCAUGCCCUCCCCAAAGCAACCCCCCUCCCCCAAGCGUGAGUAGCGGGCCGCGAGGGGCUCGAUUGGGUUUCAGUCGUGGCUAACCUAGCCCAAGGACACCUGGUCGAUCUGACACUGUGCACACACACACUGUGUCUCAUCGACUUUGCCAUGAGUCAUGAUGGUACAUUUAUGCCCUAAUAUCUUCCACUUUCCGUCCCGGGGAAGCACCAGACGCCCUCUAAUAGGUAUUUUUACUACAGUGACUUUCUACCUCGUAACUAAUUUACAAAGCAGCUGGGACGAAACGGUUAAUUCAUGUCCAUUAAAGGCAACUUUUACUCAUGAUUUCUAGUCUGUCAUCCCCUAAUUCCAACUGCAAAUCGUCUCAGCUAGUAUCCCUCUAGGUGCUGUUUUAUUAUGGCAUAUACUAUGCAUGUCCGUUAACUGCCCACUUGGGGCAAGCAAUGGUGUUCUUGUUCCCCGGGUAAUGUCGAGGGGGUCCGGUGACUGAUGCCUCCAAGUCUUGUGCCUCCAAAUCUGAUGACUUCAAAUCUGAUGCCUCCAAAUCGGCAAACCAUAACAGGCAUGGCAACCGGAACUAGGAGGGGGGGGGGAGUAAAACAACAAUAAAUGAUAAUCAACAAUGAAUAGAGUUUUUCAAUCUUCUGAUCGGCUUCGGCACGAUGUCUAAGUACUCACAAAGUGGUAUUGACAUGACCAAAUGAUUUCUGAAAAAUGUCAAAAAUAAUAGUUACAUAUGUUGUACGAUAAUUGCUGAUUACAUAUUUAAAAUAUUACCACAAAAUGUGCAAAUGAUGUUAUUAUGAUCUCGAAAAAUGUCUUAUUUAUGUCUUGUUUGUGUCCCAACAUGGGUUAACACGGUUUUGCAUAAAGGGUAUUGUGGUGAUACCAACCUAAUGGCCUGUCGAGUUGCUAUACGGACACAAGUCUUCGUUAUGUGAGAAAUUUUCUUAAAUAGCCAGUGUGUCCUUAAAGUAACAGAGUGGUCGAACGUGGGUUAUUCCAAAAAGUGACAGAGUGGUUAAACGUGGGUGAUUUCAUAAAGUGACAGAGUGGUCCAACGUCGGUGAUUUCAUGAAGUGACAGAGUGGUCGAACGUGGGUAAUUUUAUAAAGUGACAGAAUGGUCGAAAGUGGGUGAUUUCCUAAAGUGACAAAGUGGUCCAACAUGGGGGAUUUCAUAAAGUGACAGAGUGGUUGAAAGUGGGUUAUUAAAAAAGUAACAGAGUGGUCGAACGUGGGGGAUUUCAUGAAGUGACAGAGUGGUCGAAAGAGGGGGAUUUCAUAAAGUGACUGAGUGUUUGAACGUGGCUGAUGUCAUAAAGUGACAGAGUGGUUGAACGUUGCUUAUAUCAGUAAGUGACAGAGCGGUCGAACGUGGCUGAUUUCAUAAAGUGACAGAGUCGUGAAAUAUGGGUGAUUUCAUAAAGUGUCAGAGUGGUCAAAAGUGGGUGAUUUCAUAAAGUGACAGAGUGUUUGAACGUGGAUGAUGUCAUAAAGUGACUGAGUGGUCGAAAGGGACUGAUUUCAUAAAGUGACAGAGUGGUCGAACUCGGGUGAUUUCAUAAAGUGACAGAGUGGUCGAACUCGGGUGAUUUCAUAAAGUGACAGAGUGGUCAAACUCGGGUGAUUGCAUAAAGUGAAAGAGUGGUCGAACUCGGGUGAUUUCAUAAAGUGACAGAGUGGUCAAACCUGGGUGAUUUCAUCAAGUAGUAAGGCGAGCACAGGAGGGCGCCAUCCGAUCCGGACUGCUCAUAUCAGAAUAUUGCUAACCGUCACUUUCGGAAAACUUUUGGUCUACUCUUGAGUAAUUUCAGUUUUAAUUUAAAGUGACAUUAUGUUCGUAAGCUGUGUUCGCAAUAUCUACAGUAUGUUAGAAAAAAAUUGAACUUAAAUUAUAGAUACACAUGUAGACAUCAAGACGUUUGCGGUGAGGGACAUGUUACCUGAUGUUGACCACCUGGACUUCUACCGCUACGACGGCAGCCUGACAACGCCCCCGUGUUCUGAAAGUGUCAUUUGGUCAGUGGCCGUGGAGAACAUAGAAAUUUCAGAGAAUCAGGUGAGCUAGUAUGACUUUAUUUAUGCCCGGCUAUUCCAACAUAGACGUAAACUUUAUCGCAAAUCUCUACCCCCCCCCCCCCCCCCCCCUAACAAAAUUAACCCAACAUCUGUCUUAAGCUCAAUAUCAUUUUUGUGAGCCCAUUGCACAUCUCUGAAACCAACAAUUCCAGCACUUAAAUCAAAAUCAAAUAACCGUGUAUCGCAACACGUAUCUUAAACUAUUUAAACAUCUCUAACUCUAUAUCAAUAUUAACCCUGAGCUAUUUCACAAGCUCUAAUAAUAAUAAUAAUAAUAAAGUAUAUAUAAAGCUUAUAAAGCACCACUGGUGCUUAUAUCUAUGUUUCCAAUGCUUAUUUCUAACCUAAUAUUCAAAAGGAAUACAUGAAUCUUUUUGUCUGAGGCCCUGAUUUAAUUUCGAACUCCCUAGAGUACUUUGAUUCUACUUUUGGAGUUAUCCAUCGCCAUAUGUAACAGCGGGUUAAUUUUGUUAGGGACUCCGAAUUCCUGAAGAGCAUCGUACAGGUAUUUUCCGUCUCAGCUAUUAUAAGCUCUUUUGCAGUUCAAAUAUUAUAUAGUUGUUGUAAGAUGAGGUUGUAUUUAAAUAAUUUCUCCACGAGACUUCUAAUAGUAAAAUAAGAAAGUCUUAAAUGCCCAUUCACACAUUUCAUGAAAGAAACACUGAAUUUAACUAUGCACCAAUAUGCAUCACUCUAUUUAGAUUUGACAAAAAUAAUGAGAUAUUUACCCGCGCUUUUACUAAAGACUCUUUGGAUUCCACAAUUUCUGCUACCGGCUUCCUUGACGUCAAUCAAUGUGACUUAAAGGGCUUGAAUCUAAUUUUGUUUCAAAUGAUUACCUUGGGUGCUCCACAGUCAGAAUGAAUUUAGUUUAUGUAUGGCGCUGGGCGCCAUAAUGACUCUCCCUAAUCUUGAAAAAUUAUUUCCCCUGAUCAAAUAGUCUUAUCGAAACAUGUUAUGGUUAGGGAAGAGCUAUCGGGAUGUAUGAUUUUUGCCCUAAUUUCUGAUUAAAUGGCAAUAUUGCUUUCCUUGAUAAUUACAAUAAACGUUGGUGCUGAUUUAUACACUCCCACCCCCUCUCACCUUUCUACGUCCCUGGCGUGAGCGUUUGGAGUCAGGGGACCAUUUUAAUUCCCCCUCCCCCCAAAAAAUUCUCUGAAACCCACUAUUUUCAUCGGUUAACACAAUAAAAGCCCAUUAGUUGCCCCGGUAGUCUGGCGCCCGACGGCAUAUGCCCACCUUAGCUACGUCUAUUUCCCACGAGCACGCCCCCCCCCAAAUCUACCCCCCUCCCCCGCCGGCGAAAAUUAUCUCAAAGAAACACUGAUUACAAUAUCCAGUUAUUACUGCCUUGCUGCUUUAAGCAUAUUGUAUACUUUGAUAGAUCGAACAUCUUUCCUACUGCGUGAAAAAAAAAUAUUUUUUUUUCUGACUAAUGCUUUUUCUAGAGCUUUUUGUUUUCAAGAAUAACAAUCAAAAUAACGUUUUUUGUUUAUAAUAAUUAUACUUAUUAAAAAGUUUUCCUUAUUUUUCUCACAUUUUUUGAAUACAGGGGGUUCCCCAAAACAGACAUAAUUUUACACCACCUCCCAACUUGCAACAAACUAACGUUCCUUGUGUUGUGGUAUUGCCCAGUUUCAGAUCCAUCACUUAAUCGCAAACUCUAUCCCACGCUCUGUCAUUUAAAAACAAAUUACUACGUGUAUAUCUUAAGCAGUGGCCAAUGCUCUGUUCAAUUUCAUAACCCUUAAUCUACACAAAGCUCUCUCCAUAUCUUUCGUCAAUGCUCUAUUCAAAUUUAUGUUUUGCAUCUACGCCAAGCUAUUUUCAAAAAUGUUUAUGAAAAACUUUCUUCGUCCUCAGCUCAAUCAGUUCAGAAACCUCAGUGACGACAAUUACGCGCGGCUCGUUAACGACUUCCGGCCAAUCCAACCCGAGCACAAUCGAUUGAUUACCACA